AAGCAAGCCAAUUUUGCCCGUUCUUCUGCUGCUAUUCGGGGAUGUGGAAGAAACAUCCAAAGAACUCUUAUCUGUCAAAUCAAUUGGCACUUUUAAAUGUUUAAACAAAUUAAAAGAGAACAUAAAUCUGUUAACGGCAUUGUAACAUAAAAACAAGUGAUCUCUAAUCAAAUGGAAAAUUGAAAAUUUAGUUGAAUUGAGAAAAGUUUAUAAUAAAAUAUAAUUAAAAUACUUUAGAAGAUAUUCGCCAAGUGAUAUGCAUCAAACUGUUUACAUGCGUCCUCCGCCUACCUCCAACAUUAUGGGUCCUACGGAAUGUUCCAGUGCCCUAAUGUCCUCUAUGCCAUUCAUGGAUAAUGGCAGUCUUACAGCUAAUAUAACGGAUUAUGGUUGUUACACCACCACGGAUCAUUGGUCUUCACCCUAUAUGAGUGCAUUGAGUCCAAUGAAACAAAUUGAAGCGUGCAUACAAACGGCAGGAAGAGAUCGCGGCAGCUAUAAGCCACUCGAGAGUGCCGAAUCCAAAAUGUCAGACAUCGAGACGAACAGUUCGUGCAGCGGAAAAGAUGAAUCUGUCAACACAAACGCCCAUUUCAAUGACACCAAUAACAAUAACAACAACAAUAAUAAUAAUAAUAACAACAACAAUAGCAAUGGCAACAAUAAUAAUAAAAAGUCAAACAAAAACAAAAAAGAUGUGACAGCCACAAACGGCAAUGCGACAAACGGUAGCAGCAAUAAAGAUGAAGAAACUUUACAUCCCUCAUUGGCCCAGGCGGUGGUGGUGUUGGAAACCAAAACGCUUUGGGACAAAUUUCACGAACAAGGCACCGAGAUGAUAGUCACCAAAUCGGGUCGUCGCAUGUUUCCCACAUUUCAAGUUAGAAUUGGUGGCCUCGAUCCUCAGGCGACCUAUAUAAUGAUGAUGGAUUUUGUACCAGUCGAUGACAAGCGUUAUCGUUAUGCGUUCCAUAAUUCCAGUUGGGUAGUGGCCGGAAAAGCAGAUCCCAUCUCACCGCCACGCAUACAUGUCCAUCCCGACUCACCAGCUCCCGGAGCGAAUUGGAUGAAACAAAUCAUCUCUUUUGAUAAAUUGAAAUUGACCAAUAAUCAAUUGGAUGAAAAUGGUCAUAUUAUACUAAAUUCCAUGCACCGUUACCAGCCUCGUUUCCACAUCGUGUAUUUGCCACCAAAGAACGCAUCUAUGGAUGAAAGUGAACACUCGAGCCAUUAUCGAACAUUUGUAUUUACCGAGACAUCUUUUACAGCCGUUACUGCCUACCAAAAUCAACGUGUUACACAAUUGAAAAUUGUCAGCAAUCCAUUUGCCAAGGGCUUUAGAGAUGAUGGAACGAGUGAUGCACCACCAAACAGCGGCAUGGCAAUGAAUCAAAUGAGUCAUGAAAGUCAUGCCCGAAUGAAACAACAUCAACAGCAGCAUCAUCAACAGCAACAACAGCAGCAACAACACCAUCAACAGCAUCAGCAUCACCACAGCCAUCAACAUGCACAGCACCCACUGAAGAAUGGUCACAAAGAUGCCACCACGGCAAGUGCCACAGAUAUUGAUGGCCACAAUCACAGUGCCAUGAUCGUCACAUCACCCUCUCAUCAUGCCAUGAGCAAUACACCAUCCACACCCUCCACCACUGGCACCUCGCCCGAUCUCAUAAGCUAUCAAACGCCUAAUGGUCAUGCACAUAAUGGCUUGCUAAACAGCAAUUGCAUUUCACCCAAAACGGAUCAUUCGCAUCACAGCAGCAGUUCGCCAUAUGGUCACAGCAGCCAGAAUAAUGCUAACGCAACGGCGGCAGCUUCUUCGGCAGCUGCAGUGGGCAAUAGUGGCCUUGCGUCAUCGCUUUCCUCAUCCAGCACAGGCCUCAUGACCUCCUCACCUCAUGCCCAUCACACUCAUCUCAAUUUGAAUCUCAACUCUCAGGUUAUAUCACAGAGCUCGCCGCAACAGCACCACCAUCACAGCCACUCUGCCGCCGCCGCCUCAGCUACCAGCCAGGUAAUGAGUUCGGCCAAUCUCUACUCCUCUUUGGGUCAGGCCUAUGCCGCAGACAAUAGUAAUUAUGGACCCAUCUAUCACAAUCCUCACUAUCAUGGUCACAGCUAUGGUAAUCCCUAUGAGAAAAUAAAGGUUGCAGGACAUAUGCGACAAAGCCAUAGCCACAGCCAUGCUCAUGGCAUUGGCAACCCUAAUAGCAGCGGGGUCCUGGGAGGCAAUGGUGUCUCUGCUUCAGCCAAUUCCUAUGGCAUGAGUAGUUAUCAGACUUUUUAUGGAUCUGCAGCACAUCAAAUGAUGAGACCUGGUGGCUAUAUUGACCUAGUGCCAAGAUAAAAGGGCCUUCUCCAACCAACCAUCUCUCAUUGGCCGCCAAAGAACAGUAACAAUGUUAUAGUAUUAAAGGUUCGAUAAGUUCAAUAGUAUUUCAAUGUGUGUCAUCUAAUCUAUGUGUAUUUAAGUUUCUCAUUUCACGAUAAGAGAACAAAGUAUUAAAACCCCAUCUCUGUAAUCUCUAACAUUGAAUAUUUCUCUUCGGCCAAAAUUAAAGCCAAAGAAAGCAUCCCUGACAUCUGUUGUCAUAAUUUCUCUCUUUCCCUGUCUCUCUUACACCAUCUGUAUGUUUUACUCUUUAGAUAAUUUUAUUAAGAAAAGAAGAUUAAUAAAUUGUAAAUAUUUUUAAUUUUAAAGAUA